AUGUCCAAAUCUCAGCUCCUCCGCGAGGAAGGCAACCGCCACUUCCAAAAAGGCGAAUACUCCCGCGCCGACGCGCUCUACUCCCAAGCCCUCAACCUCGACCCCACCAACCCAACCCUCUACACCAACCGCGCCAUGGCCCGCCUCCGCCUCUCCCAAUGGGACCUCGUAAUCUCAGACUGCGAAUCCUGCCUCGGCCUCUCCCCCGACAACCUCAAAGCGCACUACUACCUCUCCCAAGCCCAGCUCGCCCUCCGCGCUUACUCGGACGCUCUCGAGCACGCGUACAAGGCGCACAAGCUGUGUGUGGCGGCGAAUGAUAAGUCUCUUGGGAACAUCACCGCUCAGGUGCUAAAGUGUAAAAAAGAAAAGUGGGAUUACGAGGAGAAGCGCCGGAGGAGGGAGACGGCUGAUUUGGAAGAGGAGGUUCUGAUGCUGUUAAGGAAGGAGAAGAAGGAGGCUGUUGUUCUCUCUGGGGAGGAGGCGGAGGAGCUGACGAGGGAGUGGGAGGAGAAGCUGAGGCGGGUGAGGGAGGUUUUUGAGAAGGCGAGGGAGAAGGAGGAACGGAGGAGGGAGGUGCCGGAUUGGGCGGUGGAUGAUAUUACUUUUGGGUUCAUGGUUGAUCCUGUUAUUACCAAAACAGGCAAGUCGUACGAACGAGCUGCUAUUCUGGAGCACUUGAGGAGGUCACAGACAGAUCCGCUUACCAGGGAGCCGCUUCAGGCGAGCGAGCUCAGGCCAAACUUGGAUUUGAAGCAGGCUUGUAGCGACUUUUUGGAGGAGAAUGGAUGGGCGGCUGAUUGGUAG